UUUUUAUUCUCCUCUGUGUCUCUGUUUCGUCUUGUACCUUCUUUCUUUGCAUAACCAAACCAUGAACAACCUCCUCCGCUUUGCCCACCACCUCCUCCUCCUCCUCUGCUACCUACGCCCCUCUUCCUCCUCGCGCUACGACGCGCUGUUCAACUUUGGCGACUCCAUGUCCGACACCGGCAACGUCCAAAUCAGCACCCUCCCCUACGGCAUGACCUUCUUCGGCAAUGCCACCGGCCGCUGCUCCGACGGUCGUCUCGUCAUCGACUUCAUCGCUCAGGAGCUGGGGCUUCCCCUGCUUCCGCCGUCGCAAGAGGACCACGACUUCCGGCGGGGGGCCAACUUCGCGGUGGUGGCCGCCACCACCCUCGCCUUCGACUUCUUCAACGACCGCGACCUCAGCAAGGGACUCUGGGUCAACGCCUCGCUCCACCUCCAAAUCGACCGCUUCCGCCGCCUCCUCCCCUCCAUCUGCGGCGCAGCUCAAGAGUGCAAGGAGUUCCUCCGCAGGUCUCUGUUCAUCGUCGGCGAGUUCGGCGGCAACGACUACAGCACCGCCCUCUUCUUCGCCAGGCCCGUCGGCGAGGUCAGCACCUUCGUCCCCCAUGUCAUCGACGCCCUCCGACACGGCGUCGAGCGCCUGAUUGAGCUGGGGGCGGUGGACCUGGUGGUGCCGGGGGUGUUGCCGGUGGGCUGCUUCCCGCUGUACUUGACCAACUACCGCUCGCUGGACCCGGACGACUACGGUCCCCGGACGGGGUGCGCCAGGAGGUACAACGCCCUGUCCUGGCUGCACAACACGUUGCUCCGGCGAGCGCUCGACCAGCUCCGCCGAAAGCACCCCGCCGUCUCCAUCAGAUACGCCGACUACUACUCCCAGAUAAUCGAUAUCGCCGUCGAUCCCUCAAAAUACGGAUUCACUGAUGGAGCCUUGAGGACUUGUUGUGGGGGUGGCGACAACAUCUACAACUACGAUCAAAAGCGUAGGUGCAACGAGAAGAACUACACCGUGUGCGCGAAUGUGUCAACCCAUGUGAAUUGGGAUGGAAUUCACAUGACUGAGGCUGCCCAUCGUGUCAUCGCUGACGGCUGGUUACGCGGCCCCUAUGUCGACCCACCCAUCUUGAGCUCGAGCUAAAAGCUUGAGGCAGAGGAAACUCGACUUGAAUUGUUGAACCAUGAUGUACCGUAGUUUGUGUUUUGGGAUUGAAAAUAUAGUGAUUGUUAUCAUUGUUUGAAUUGUGCCUCUUUAGUUAAUGGCCCCCGGUAAUCUUGUAGUGUAUUAGGGUUUUUUUAUGACUAACGAAACUUGUCAUUAGGGCUAUAAAUAAGCUGAGUCGAGCUGAGUUUUGGGAUG